AGCUGCGAGCCCGGCCCCGGCAUACAGGAAGAGGUUUGUCUGGAAAUCAGUAAUGACUGAGGACGGGGAAGGAAGUUUGUCAGAUAGUAGUCGGAAACGGACAUACUCAAAUGCUUUUUUGGUCAAACCAAAUAGCCGCACCAGAGCUGUCGAGGAUCUGAAAUCUGCUCUUCCAUACUGCUUCGAUGAGCGUGGCUCGUUUGUAUCAAGCUGCGAGAAGUUGAAAGUCCACCUGAGAGCACAGACGGCGGCAAUCGCAGAUCGUCAAGAGCACUUAGAAGUGCUGCAGUCGCUAGGCUUCAUACCUUGUAUGCGAAGUCACGAACUUAAAAGAUUUACUGAGUUCCACUGUCCGAUAUGCGACUGUCAGAAUAUUGGAUCAGGCUUUGGGAGAACGGAGACUUGGCUGGAGUUUUACGAAGUAAUUGGGAUCCUGCUCGGCCUCGACGACAAAUCGGAUGAGACUGCGAUCGCACUACUGAGAAUCGUUCGUCGCUAUCUGUACCACUAUCGACCUCCACCUGUUCGCGGUAAUUACUCUCUUGACGCGGUGUAUACAUGGAUCGAGUCGAAAAUCAAAGCUGGUACCAGAGAGCACAGGCUGAUUGCUAGCCGGAUCGUCCCAUUAUUCAUAUUCGACAUUGAGUCCAGUCGCCAUAUAUUCAAUCUUUUGAGCUUUCCGGAUGGAAAUUCGUCUCAACUGACAGAGUCAUACGUUUUGGCGUGGGCUGAAAUUGCAAAAAUCUCCGAGGGAGAAGAUCUGAAUGUUGCUCUAAUCAAGCUUGUCAGCUUUCUCAUAUCAGACAAUGAGUUUUAUUGCGCUCUGGCCUACCAUGAGCUCAAGUCAGUCGCAUAUGCGCGUAACGUGACGCCGCUCCAGUUGCUGAUUCCGUUUAUGGAGACCAUAAGUGGUUUUGUAUUCAGGCCCUUCAGACAAGCAAAGGCGCACAUCUUGUGCUCUCUUCUUGGUGUUUCAUUGAAAGAGCUAGCGGAAAUGGCACAGGAGUACAUCCUUCCCUAUCUGGUACUAGAACGUCGCAAGGCAGAUGUGACUGAGAUUGCACAAAUCAUGCAAAUGCCAACUUCAGAGCUGUGCUUUUCAAAUCUUCAUUUGAUUUUGGCCACGCUUUUUAGUCAGACUUCCAAAGACCCUCUGACGGAAUUCCGGGCUCAUCUGGCUGACUUUUCGAAGAAACUAGCAAAGCUGAACUAUACCAAGUUCGUGCAGGUCAACUCUCUUAUCAUAGCGGUGGAAGUCCUGAAAAUGUACUCCGACAGCGACGACUCGAAACCGGCAGAGAACGUUCCUGCUUUUAGGAUCGUAAGGAUGCUGGCUGAUGCCGAUGCGCAGUCCAUCUCCAGUUCGAGCGAUAACUCGAACUUGGAUAGCUUCAUCAGCAAGAACAUUCUUGGUAUAAUCUGUCAUUUAUCGGACAUAUUAUAUAAGAGGCCAUACUGGCCGGACAAAAGACGAUAUCUAAGAGGAAUGGCGGCCGUCAUAAGGCUUGCUGGGCAUCAUGCGGUUACUGCAAAGCCUCAGAUCUGCUCUAGUCUCCAAGCUACGAUAAGUGAUGAGAAUCUACAGGAUGUUGUGAUAAGUGCAUGGAUGAAUAUGCUCAAGUACUUUCAUCAAGAUGAGGGUGAGAAGCUACUAGUGCUCACUUUGUCGGUCAUGUUCAACAAUUGGAACGAUUUCACGGAGCGAGCUAAAAAAUGUGCUGUCAAGCUUUUGGAGUACAUUUUGGGCACGUAUCGAAGUCGCCUUCGGAAGAUGCGCGUCACAGAGCUUCCGGUUUCGAUAUACGUGAGUCAACAGCUGCGGCCCAUUCUCCGACAGUUUUCGGAACUACUCUUGCCGUGUUCAGACUCGGCCACGGUAUUAAGAGAUUUAUCUAGUCGUUGUCAGCAUGAAAAUCUCGCGGUAGUACACGAAGCCCUACUCGAGCUGAGAUCGACCUUGUUACGAAAAGAGUCGCCACUACAGACGCUGUCUCCUGAUUUAUUUUCUGAGGUCAUAUCUACUGUUAUUCAUGAUCUGACCGGGGUGUGUCAUAGAUUCUCGGGAAAGUAUCCCCGGAUUGCGACAGUGGCUGUGGAAUGUAUUGGCCUGGUUGGGAGCGUCGGAAGUACGAGGAUAUCCAUUUCAGAUCUCCCGCAGGACGUAGUAUUCGUCCACAAUUUUGAUCGGGAGUCGGAAUCUAUAAAACUGAUUUCCCUGUUGCUUGAAAAGUUUCUGGUACCUGCCUUUCAGUCCUCGACCGAUACCAAGUCACAGCUGUUUCUUGCGUUUGCUAUGCAGCAGCUCCUCAAAAUUUGCAGUUUCGAUGCGAAAGCCUUACAUUCGUCAAAGAGACUAGGUCUACAAUCUCAAACCUGGUCCAAAUUUAGUGAAGCCGCAAAGGUCACCCUCACUCCGUUUCUGUCUUCUAGAUAUGAGCUGGGUAAUCGCCAUGGACUCGAUGCCGACGCUGAUCUGUCGGGGUUUCCGUUGUUUCGAUCUGCAACUAACCACAGAGACUGGGUACAAAAUUUUGCCCACAGUAUUCUCAGCCAAGCAGCCAUACUCUGGAGAGCUCUCAAUCAGGAUAGGAUCACAAACACUGAAAACAUGUUCUAUAUUUUUUCGAAGAUCAUUCAUCAUCAGGACAUUCGAAUUGCUGAGUUUCUUUUACCUUUCGCAUACCAGUUCUUGUUGUGUAACGGAAGCGAGGCAGAAGCUGGGGCUAUUCAAAACGAACUUUUUGUUGUUCUGGCCGCAGAACCAGGAGAAAAUUAUGCCAUCAAAGAGGACAUCCGCCUUUCCUAUCAGACCGUCUUCUCCAUACUGGACUAUUGUAGUCGUUGGCUACGAGCUCGACGACGAUUGAAUACGCAAGUCUCCGGCGAAGAACUGUCGAGGAGCAAACGGUCAACGACCAUCGUCGCGCCUGAUAUCGUUCUCGGCGAAGACGAAUUUACAAAGAAAAUCGAGAAUAUGUACAGAUGCAUUCAAGUCGAUACGGUUGCUACCCGAGCUCUGGAUUCUCAUUCGUACGCUCGUGCGCUAUUCUACUACGAGCAAGCGCUGCGAGAGAAGAAGCGGACAGGGGAGGAUAUAGACCCCAUAUACCGAAAGCUACAGCAUAUCUAUUCUCGACUUGACGAUGCCGAUGCCGUGCAGGGUAUAUCUGCGCUGCUUUUGUCUUCUUCUGACCUUGACCAGCAGCUGUUGGAGCAUGAGUCUACCGGUCAGUGGCAUUUGGCGCUCGACUGUUAUGAGGUUGGGCUCCAGACCCAGCCUACGGCCAAGGUAGAGAUGAAUUUAGGUCUUCUCAAAUGUCUAAGAGAAUUGAAUAACAAUGGCGCUCUUCUUGGAAGACUGGAAUCUUGCGUACAGGAUCUGGAGGACCAGACUGCGUAUGGCGCUGAUCUGGGCGUCGAGGCGUCGUGGAUGAGCUCAAACUGGGCUGCUCUUCAAAAAUGGGUGGGCAAGAGUCGUUCAAAUUCGUUUGACUGCAGUGUUGGUAAGGCUCUUCUAUGCGUUCAAGAGGGAGAUUUGAUCGGGCUGUACAAAGUGCUGUCUCAGUGCCGAACCAAUAUAGCUAGUGAGAUUGCGCUAUCCGGGGUUCCAGCUCCGAAACAAAGCCACGAGUUUCUGUUCAAGCUACACGUUCUAUCAGACAUGGAGAAGAUCCUAUUGUGGUCAAUAAAUUCACAGAAAGAUUACUCUGCUCUGACGUCGCAUAUGUCGUUUCGCCAAAACAAUUUUGUGGGAUCAUACAGAGAAAAACGAUACCUUCUGACGCUUCGGCAGACGAUCUCAAACUUAGUCAGAGAGUCGUUUCCUAAGGAUGAAGCUCUUGCGAUCCUGCUUGAGAAGGCGAAAAUGGCGAGAAAGGCCCAAAAGUUUGACGAAGCGUACUCAUAUGUACUCCGUGCUUGUAGCGACUUCGACUCGCCGUUAGCUUUGAUCGAACACGCACAGUUGCAGUGGAACAAGGGUGAACAACGGCAAGCUUUAAGUAAACUGGAGGGCGUACUACAGCCCAGAACUACUCCUGCUGAGAUGUCGGAAACGAACACGGCUAGCUCUUCAUUAGCCGAUGGCCUAACCGUCAUAUCCACAAGCGGAACAAACAGUGUUGUGAGAGCUAAGGCGUUGCUUCGAUAUGCCAAAUGGUUUGACAGAUCAAACCAAGGAAAUUGGUCAGUGGUUCUAUACAAGUACAAGAUGGUUAUUGCGGAGUGCUCUACGCUUGAGAGUGGACAUUAUCACCAUGGAAGAUAUUGUAUCAAGAUUCUGGAUAACCAGAAGGUUCGGGAUCCGAAGCAGCAAUCUGCUCAGUAUACAAGUGGGCAUUACCACCGACUCGCAUGCAGAUCAUACUGCAAAGCGCUGAAGUUUGGGGUGAAGUAUGUCUACCAGACACUUCCAAAGUUGCUUACUCUUUGGCUCGACUUUGCGGAUGAAGAAGCAAGACGAAGAGGAGAUGAGUCUCAGACUCGUGAUAGAAGAAGUGUUUUGGAUAACGCAAAGACAUUGAAGGUGAUGACUAGUGCUGUUCAGGAAGUUUUCUCUGUCCUGCCGAGAUAUGUGUUCUUCCCUGUCUUGUCGCAAAUCCUUUCCAGAAUUCGUACUGUUGACUCUUCGGCGUUGAGUAUAUUAGCAAAAACGCUGAUCGAGAUUGGAGUUACUUAUCCCUCACAGUCGUGGUGGCAGAUUCUGACUCUGGAGAAGUCUGGAAACCAUCGAAUUGAACGAGGGGCCGCAAUAUCUAGAGAGCUCAGAGUAGCAUGUGACAAGAAAUCACCCGAGCUAUCGAGAAGCUUAGUAGCAGCCGCGAGACUGAUGGAUACGAUGAAUGUUCUUUGUCACGAGAAGCCGUCAAAGCAGGAACCGAGAAAGUUGGAUAUCAAUGCCAUAGGCGGUGUGGAUUUUGCAAAGCUGCUUCCGUCUGAGCUGAUUGUUCCUGUACAAGCCAAUAUGACAAUUACGUGGCCGAGUAAGUUUCGGUGCGUGCCAGACGACGAGCAUGUAGCAUUUGCGCACAAGGUCACCAUUGCGGAUAUCAGCCCCGAAGUCGAAGUCAUGAGCUCGCUGCAAAUGCCAAAGAAGGUGAAGAUGGUUGGUAGCGAUGGACGUCAGUAUUAUCUUCUCUGUAAACCGAUGGAUGAUUUGCGGAAAGACGCGCGGUUGAUGGAGUUCAAUAAUAUGAUCAACAUGCUUCUGGCUAAGGAUAUUGAGUCCAGUAAGAGAGGAUUGGGAAUCAUGACUUAUGCGGUGACUGUACUUCGACCCGAUUCAGGUAUCAUUGAAUGGGUGGAGAACACAAGGACUUUGCGCGACAUCAUCAGACGAGGAUACGAGUCCAAGAAGAUCAAGAUAAACCAUGGCAAGCUUCGAGAUAUGCUGGCGGAACCGAAUCGUGAGAAGACGUUUGUGGAUAAGAUUCUUCCAAUGUUUCCUCCCGUCCUCUACGAAUGGUUUAUUGAGAACUAUCCAGUACCGACAUCGUGGUUCGAUGCGCGGACAGCAUUUGCGCGUACGACGGCGGUGAUGUCGAUAGUGGGCUAUAUUCUCGGACUCGGAGACCGGCACUGCGAUAAUAUACUUUGCCAUGAGGAUACCGGGCGAGCACUGCAUGUAGACUUCAGCUGUCUUUUCGAGAAAGGAUUGGAUCUGGAGGUUCCAGAGUGUGUGCCAUUCCGAUUGACGCAGAAUAUUGUUGACGCGCUUGGGCCGUAUGGCUACGACGGGCCGUUUCGGAAGUGCUGCGAGAUAACGCUGAAGAUCCUGAGAGAGAACGAGGAAGUUCUGCUGCCAUUUUUGGAGACGUUCAUCCAUGAUCCGUUGGUAGAGUGGUCAUCGCGCAAGAAGUCGUCGUCCAGGGCAUUGUCGAGCAGAAACCUGGCGCCGUCUACGCCUGAAGAAGCAUUGGAGAGAAUGAAGAAGCGGUUUCGAGGGAGCACGGCUGAUGAUUCGUUCCCUCUGAGUAUUGAUGCGCAGGUCGAUGGAUUGCUGAAGCAGGCUACUGACGUGAAAAAUCUGUCUGCGAUGUAUAUUGGCUGGGUUGCGAUGUGGUAGGUAGUAAAGGUGGUUAGCUUUUGAAUAGACAGUGAAUAUGUAGAAAUCAUCUGGGCUUUCGUCGG